AUGCCAGUUCGCAUUACACUGAACUUUUGUCUGCGUCUCGAUUGGCCGGCAUUCUUCCUGAUUCGACGAAGAUCGAACCAUGGUUCACAAGCAAACAUUCUAUGUUCGAAUAAUUCGGCAUUGGUUUUCUUCGCUGCUUCCGCAGCUGACAUACAUCGACUAUAUCUGAUACCAAAUCCAUGCUUUUCGCCAUUCGGAGCAUCGACUGUAUUUCCAACGCUACCGCAAGCUCUCUCCUGGUAUCUUCAAGAUAUCUCUUCCGACGCAAGACUUGGAAUGGGCGACGCAUAUCCUGGAGAACAAAGACCGACUACACUUCGAGCGGAAGAGUUGAGUGACUGGGCUGAAUUGCUCAGGCAGAGUGGUUCCUCGUCUGAUCCGCAGGAGCUGACAUGGCCCGUUCCGCAGCCGAGUUCCGCAUCCACUACAUGGACUAUGGGGGAACUCGAGCCCCCAACGCGUCCCGUUACACCAGAGUGUGACUCGGGUGUUGACGACGCUCGUUCCAGGACAGAAACGCCCGCUACUCCAGUGGCGCCCUGCGCACCGACGCAGCAAGAUCGCAGGACUAUCUCCGCUGCUGAGCCUAGGUGUGCAGUGUGCUACAAGAGCUUCAAAGGCCGCCGGUACGAGUGUCGCGCUGAGCAUUUCAACACGUGCUGGGACAAGCUGCGCAAAGCUGCUGUUGAGAGUACCAGCUCAAGCCGACGUUUAGUCUCAUCGGAUUCGCCGUCAUCCAAAGCGCCUUGCCCUACCAACACGGAUACCUCCACAGAAGCCUGCGUGUUCUGCGACCUCCCCCUCGGCACCCUCUCCUGCACCGCGACCUUCGAGCACCGCGUGCUAUGCCAACGCAACCUACCCACCCCACCGACGACCUGUCCUCGCUGCAAAACCCGCUUCUCAGACGAAUCCCUCCCUUGGAACUGCUGCGAGAUCGCAGAGCACAUCUACACCUGCACAGCCUCCACAUCCCAACCUCCCUUCUCCGCCGCAAGGACCCACUGGCAGGAGACCACCUCCGCGCGCGCCGAUCCCCGUAACUGCGCACACUGCGCCCUCCCGCUCGAGCACUUCACCUCCCUGGACGCCUUCCACCAUCGCCGCCUCUGCCUGGAGAAAAGUGCACCAGCGCACUGCCCCGUGUGCUUCGGUCCCUUUCCCACCGUCUCCGAGCGCUGCACCUGGGUGGAUCUGCACUGGCACGUGCAUGGCUGCCAGCACGGGGGGGCCCUAUCAGCGAUCGACAAAGACGACUUCGAGUCGCUGGAAGCGCGGUGCCAAGGCCGGAGUCGCGGGGUGUGGAAGGUGUUUGGGCGGAACGAGGGAUUCUUCCUGGGGGUUAGGAGGGGCUGGACGCACCGGGAGCAUCGAGAUUCGUUUCGAGAAAAGACAAAGGAUAGCGUGGCGGGGGCUUACACGACCCGGCCGUCUCGCCUCCGGAGCUUCGCUGUUCUUGAUCGCGGCGCGGUUCGUGUGGUGCAGAGAGUGCGCAGUGGGAGGCGCGUGUGGGCUAGUCUCGGCCGCUUCCUUUGCUCCCAGUUCGCCGUCUACAGUGUGCCUGCUCACGGGCGCGGAGGAAUGGUCAGCCGGAUGGGGAUGGAAUACACCAUCGACGACAUCGUGCGUGACUAG